ACCUCCUCUACUUCCUCUACUACCAAAUGUCUACAACACUCAAAGCACUCUCUAAGAAAAGAGCUGCCAGUGACGACGAAGCUGAUGCUCCAGCUACAAAAAAAACAGUACAAAACAAGCAGCGCGUCCUCGUACUCUCUAGUAGGGGUGUAACAGAGCGUUACAGACAUCUUAUGAGUGAUUUGCAAGCCUUACUCCCUCACACAAAGAAAGACUCAAAGAUCAGCUCAAAGACGUCACUAGCAACACUCAAUGAGCUCGCCGAUCUCGCCAGCUGCAACAACAUCAUGUUCUUCGAGACAAAGCAUCACGCCCAGAUUACUGAUUUAUACUUAUGGCUCGCGAAAGCACCUAACGGACCAUCAGUUAAAUUUCACUUACAGAAUUUACACACAAUGGACGAGCUUAAAAUGACUGGAAACUGUCUUAAAGGAUCAAGAGGUAUACUCAGCUUUGGUGAGGAAUUUGAUAGUGAGCCUUGGUUACAACUUUUGAAAGAACUUUUUACCCACACUUUCGGUGUACCACGCACUUCACGUCGUGUUAAACCAUUCUUUGAUCACGUUUUGUCCUUCUCUUACCUCGAUGGUAAGAUAUGGUUCAGAUCACAUCAGAUCGUUGAAAAAGAUGCGACUACCAUCAAGGCAGAGUUAGGUAACAAGAACAAAUCACCUGCUACAACAUUGGUCGAAAUUGGUCCUAGAUUCGUCCUUACCCCAAUCCGUAUAUUCGAAGGUUCGUUCGGUGGCCCAACUGUGUUCUCUAAUCCAGAAUUCUUACCACCAACCAAACUCCGUAAGAUGGAGAGAGAGAAGAAGGCUGAGAAGUACUCUAAUAGGAAAGACACACAAUCUGAAUCAAAGCAACGCAAGAAGGAUAUCUCAAAUCUCGAUAAGGGCUUAGCCGGUGAACUCGAAAGAUCAAAGGUCUUUGCAUAACUUAAUAAAUUAUUUUUAAUAG